GAGCGGCGCGGAGCGAUGGGUCCCCAGCCCUUGGACCACCUGUUGGAGCGAGUGGGACACUGGGGCAGAUUCCAGGCAUUUGUCUAUUUCAGUUCGGCCUUCCAAGCCGUCUCUUGUGGUAUCCAUUACUUGGCCUCUGUGUUCAUGGCAGUUACUCCUAAAUUUGUCUGCGGCAUCAUGGGGAAUGUAAGCCAGAUUGUUUUCCACAAUUCUUCUAGUUUGAAGAUGGAAGAUAGCUGGGCACUGUUGACAUCAGGCAAAGAUUAUAUUGUGGUCCAGAUGCAAAAUGGAGAUGUCUGGGAAUUGUCCCAGUGCAGCAGGUCACAGCGGGAGAACACAUCUGAUCUUGAGUAUGACUACAGUGGUAACAAGUCUGACUUCCCUUGCUUAGAUGGCUACUUUUUUGAUCAGACCAAGUGGCAGAGCACUGUGGUGACAGAAUGGGAUCUGGUCUGUCAUCGUGAAUGGCUCGCAAAGUUAAUUCAGCCUACAUUUAUGUUUGGAGUACUGCUCGGAGCAAUAAUAUUUGGUGAUCUUGCUGACAGGAUAGGAAGACGCCUUGUAAUGUGGUUGACAAGCACUGGCCAAUUUUUAUUUGGAAUUGCAGUGGCAUUCACAUUUGAUUAUUACAGCUUCAUGGCUGCUCGUUUUCUCCUUGCCAUGGUUUCAAGUGGCUACCUGGUUGUGGUAUUUGUGUAUGUGACAGAAUUCAUUGGCAUUAAAGCUCGGACUUGGGCAUCCAUGCAUGUCCAUGCCUUUUUUGCUGUUGGAAUUAUGGUUGUGGCUCUGAUGGGAUAUUUGGUCCGAACCUGGUGGCUUUAUCAGAUAUUUCUUUCCAUAACAACACUUCCCUUUGUCUUGUGCUGCUGGAUAUUCCCUGAGACACCUUUCUGGCUUCUAUCAGUGGGAAAAUAUGAAGAAGCACAAAAAGUAAUUGAUAUGAUGGCAAGAUGGAAUAACAGAAAAUCUUGUAAAAUAUCUGAGGUGUGUUCAUUUGAACAGGAUGGCGUCACCAGUAAUGAUUCUUCUGCAAUGAAGAAGCACAGUGUAUUAGAUCUGUUUUGGAACUGGAAUAUUGCAAGAAGAACACUCACAGUGUGGCUGAUUUGGUUCACUGGGAGUUUGGGAUACUACGUGUUCUCUUUGACUUCUGUUAAUCUCGGUGGCAAUGAGUAUUUAAACCUGUUUCUCAUAGGUGCUGUGGAGCUUCCUGCUUAUAUCAUUGCUUGCAUUGGGAUGGACAAAGUGGGAAGAAGAAAUACUCUUAUUCCAUUCCUUAUUCUGAGUGCACUGAUCUGUUUUCUCAUAAUGCUGAUUCCACAGGAUUACAAUAUUUUGAGCAUUUUAGCAAAUAUGGCUGGAAAGUUUACCAUAGGGGUUGCAUUUGGCCUUAUUUACUUGUACACAGCCGAACUAUACCCAACAAUCAUAAGGUCCCUGGCUGUGGGAAGUGGCAGCAUGAUGUGUCGCCUAGGCAGCGUGGUGGCUCCUUUCUGUGUUUACUUGACAAGUAUUUGGAUCUUCAUGCCACAGUUGCUUGUAGGAAUCAUGGCCUUUCUGACUGGAAUGUUAACUCUGAUGCUUCCAGAAACUCUUGGGAAGCCCUUAGCUAAUACUUGGGAGGAAACCACAGAACUGAGAACAAAGAAAGACAACUAUUUAAUCAAAUCACCUCCCACAAAGAGAGAUACCCAUUUCCUGCCCAAAAUGUUACACCUCAAUGAAGUGAAUUUUGCUGAAUUGUCAGGUGGAAAAAGAACAAAACACCACGCAACCUCUCUUCUAUCGAGUGCUCUGAGUUUACUGCAACACUCUCUGGAACAUUGUACCGGCCUGCCAUUCUGGUCCUCCCUCCUUUUUGAAGGUCAGAUGGCUACAAUAAAGAUUGGUGUUGUUGGCGCAGGCUUGAUUGGGCUGUCCACAGCUGUCUGCAUUUCAGAAUCCAUUCCAAAAUGUUCAGUUGCUGUUAUUGCGGACAGAUUUACCCCUGACACCACUAGCGAUGUGGCAGCUGGAAUGCUUAUUCCUCAUGCCUAUCCAGGCAUUCCAAUUUCCCGACAGAAGCAGUGGUUUAGAGAGACUUUUAACUACCUGUUGGCAAUCAGUAAUUCAUCAGAAGCUGCAGAUGCUGGUAUUCGUUUGAUAUCUGGUAAACUUGAGUUUCUGCCCGUGACUCUCUCUUAUACUGCUGUUACCCGGCACAGGUGGCAGAUAUUUAGAAGUCUCCCCACCGAAGAGAUGCCAUUCUGGGCAGAUAUUGUUUUGGGAUUUCACAAGAUGACCGAAGCUGAGCUGACAAAAUUUCCACACCACGUAUUUGGUCAGGGUUUCACGACCCUGAAGUGUGACAGCCUCUUCUAUCUGCCAUGGCUGAUGAAAAGGUUGACAGGAAAUGGAGGCCAAAUACACGUCAAGCGAAUAGAAAAUCUGUGGGAAUUGUGUGACACGUAUGAUAUUGUGGUCAACUGUUCAGGCAUUGGAAGCAGAGAACUCAUGAGUGAUUUGACAGUAUUCCCUGUGAGAGGUCAAGUGCUCAAAAUGCAGGCCCCCUGGAUUAGUCAUUUCAUUCGAGAUGGGGAUGGGCUGACCUAUAUCUACCCAGGAAUGCAUGAUGUAACACUAGGGGGAACCCGGCAGAAAGAUGACUGGAGGCUAUACCCAGAUCCAGAAAAUAGCAAAGAUAUUCUUGCCAGAUGUUGUGUUCUUGAACCCUCACUUCGUAGAGCCUGGGGCAUGAAGGAGAGAGUUGGUUUGAGGCCAGGAAGGCCAGAAAUGCGACUGCAGAGAGAUAUUCUGUCCCAAGAUGGACAGCAGCUGCCUGUGGUCCAUAACUAUGGUCACAGUGGGGGUGGUUUUUCAGUGCACCGGGGCACCGCUAUUGAGGCAGCUCAGCUGGUGAGAGACUGCAUUGCUGAACUGAAUGGCCUCUCCAGCAAGGCCAAGCUCUAGAAUGCAUCAGUUCACCAAUAAUAUUUAUUGGGUGCCUACUGUGUGCAGAGAGCAAAGCUAAGAUUUUGGGAAGGACAACUGAAACAAAGGUGAAGAAUGCAAAGGUGAAAAUGAUUGUCAGCAACAUAGGUGGAAAAUGAGACUUGCAAAUAGACAUCAGAAGCAAAAUAUUUUAGCCGGGAUAUAAAAUACCCCAACUUUAUUAAUAUCACAGUGAUUGAUAACUCAAAUAACAGGACAUCAGUAGUUUGAGAAAGGGCAAUAAUAAGGUUUUCAGCAAUAAAUACCUCUAGACUGUAAGCUCCUUGGGGUCAGGGAACAUGUCUGUCAAAUCCAUUACACUGUACCCUCCUAAGUGUUUAGUACAGUGCUUUGUACACAGUAAGUGCUCAAUAAAUGCAAUUGUUUGAUAAAUUUGAUUUUUAAAAUAAAAUUUCAUUUUUUCAGGCCCUAGAACAGUAAGCCAAUGAUUACAGCAGCUGCACACUGUAGUGUUUGCUAUAAUUCUGCUGGAAUUUGAAAUCAAUGAAAAACACUGAGUAAGUUAUAUGUACUCAGCCCUGUCUUGCUUGCUUGCUGUCCCCCUCCUUGCCAUUCACCAGCCUGGGCAUACUCUUGGGGUUCAUCCAUGGGGUUGCUCGGCUUUUUGUUUGGAAAAGCAAAGGGAUCAGGAAAGGAGGGACAAGGGUUCGGGUGCCUGUGUGUGUGGGCACAGGUGUGUUCGCAGAUGGACAGGGGCAUGUGUAUUCGUGUGAGUUUAUGGUUCACAGAUGUGUGUGUAUAAGUGGGUUCAUACAUGUUAGCAUGUACUAAUGGAUGUGUGUUUUUGCAGAUCUAGUAGCUUGUUGGCAGAGGAAGAGUGUGUCUCUGUCCCAUGUCUUUCAGAUUCCCUGUUGUACCGUACUCUCCCAAGCACUCAGUACAGUGCUUUGCAUACCAUAAGUGCUCAAUAAAUGCCAUUGACUGAUUGAUGUGGACUGAUUCCAGCUCCUUUUCCUACAGUAAACCUUUAUUGAAUCCCCAA